GUACCGUGGGAAGAAGGUUCCAGCUGUGGACAGAAUCUGUGUGGGUGUCCCUGCAGCAGAGUGCUUUGGACUGCUGGGCAUCAAUGGAGCUGGGAAGACCACCACGUUUAAAAUGCUGACGGGGGACAUCGCUGUCUCUGGCGGGGAAGCCUUCCUAAACGGCCACAGCAUCAGGACCGAGAUGCAGGAGGUCCAUCAGAGCAUGGGCUACUGCCCGCAGUUUGACGCCCUCAAUGACCUCCUGACGGGAAGAGAACACCUGGAGUUCUACGCCCGCCUCCGAGGGGUACCAGAGAAAGAGGUCGCCAUGGUGGCAGAGUGGGGCAUCCAGAAGCUGGGGCUGCUCAAGUACUCCACCAAGUCCGCGGGUACCUACAGCGGAGGCAACAAGCGCAAGCUCUCCACCGCCAUGGCUCUGAUUGGCUGCCCACCCGUCGUCUUCCUGGAUGAGCCUACUACUGGCAUGGACCCCAAAGCUCGCCGCUUCCUGUGGGACUGCAUUUUGAGUGUCAUCAAACAAGGGCGUUCUGUCAUCCUUACCUCGCACAGCAUGGAGGAGUGUGAAGCUCUGUGUACUCGCAUGGCUAUCAUGGUCAACGGGCAGUUUAAAUGCCUGGGCAGUAUCCAGCACCUGAAGAGCAGGUUUGGUGACGGCUACACGGUGAUUGUGAAGGUUGGGGGCUCGCCCCCUGCUCUUGGGCCUGUGGAGGAGUUUGUGCGGGCCAACUUCCCGGGCAGCUUGCUCAAGGAGCGGCACCACAACACGCUGCAGUACCAGCUCCCACACGGAGAGGGCGCUCUGGCGGGCAUCUUCAGCCAGUUCACCAAGCACCAGAAGGCCCUCAGCGUGGAGGACUACUCCGUCUCCCAGACGACGCUGGACCAGGUCUUUGUCAACUUCGCCAGGCACCAGUACGAUGAGGAGGAGGAGGACGCCAGGGCCUACAAUAAUGUGGUCGAUCUGUCGGACGAGAUGCCAGUUGACCGAAAGAAAUAGUCCAACACUUUGACUUUAAGUGAAAGGGAGAAGAGGCUCUAUACUCUCUAAAGUCAGAGGACAAACUCAGGCACUUUGAUGAUUGAUGAUUGUGUCAUGCUUGGAUAUUGUUGAUAAUUUAAGCAAUUUCAAAAACAUGUAUAUUAUUUAUUAUUAUUUUUAAUAUGCAAAUCAAGUUCAAAUGGAAAAUAUUAUUCAGAAGACUCUACUUAUAGUCUUUACUUAUAGCACCAUUUUGUGUGAAACAGCUUUUAGCGCAUAGCUCAUAAUAGCUCAUAGCUCACAAUUCACCCUUGGGCUUCUAAGUAGAUGUUUACUGUGACAAAAAUGUCCUAUGCUAAAGAAAUAUUAUUCCCAAGGGAUCCCAAAUGGGUCCUUGAAGCUGCAAAGGUUUCAGGUCAAGUAAUCUCAGUUCUGUCACAGUGACAAGUGAACGGUCAUUUUCUAUGAACGCAGCAUAAAAUGACAAUGAUUUUAUACACAUUGCAUGUUUUAAUUCAUAACAUAUACUGUAGCUACGAUACCAAAUCAUUAAGUUCCUUGACAUACAUGUUAUAUAUAAAUAUUUCUUUAUCAUGCAUUUUUUUUUUUAAAUGGUUGUAUAAGACCACGUGCAAUAUUGUCAUACAGGCUGUAACACCAUAUGGGAAUGUUAACUUGAAAAAGAAAAUAUUUUAGUACAAAGUAUGUUUACCUCUAAAAUGUUCUACAACAGUGUGCUUCACAAAGAGUCUACAACAUAUUUAGCAAGAUGAACGAUAACAUUGGUCCUCGUGUCUACAAAUUAGCUAUUUGUUCUCAGUCUAAUCAGAUAUACCUUAUUUCUAAUCAAAGAUGAUAUUAUACUAUGAUAUAAUCCUUAAAGUCCAAAAGUCAUUGCCAAGAUACUGUGAUAUUUUCAUAUGCAUCUGUAUAACAGCCAAAUACACAUUUCAUUUUUUAAUAUACACUGGCAGAAAAUAUGAUAUACUACAGCUUGUCAAAUAGUCUUUAACUUCUCGCUACAGUGAACACAAUUGGUAAUAAAGUCUUGCAGUGAGAUAAACUUUUCCUACAAACCAUCACAGACAAAUAACCUAUAUCAACAAAUCCACCCCAACACCUCACACUACAUUAGGCUAUUAGUCAUUCAAGUGAGUUUGCAACGGUCAUCUUUAAGCUCCUUAAGAUUGACCACCCCAGUGUUUAACCAGUGGGACUUAACAUUGUCUGACAUGUUUAGCUCGGGAGAACACAGAUUGAUUCAGGUCCACUGUCCAGUCCAGUUUGCGCUCAGGUGAUUCCCUUCAUUGGGCUGCCAUUGUAGUCAGUUGAAAUGCUCAAUACCUUUACUGCUUUUAAUGUCCACAUUACACUUUUUGUAUUUAUUUGGUUAGUGUGUUAAUGCAAAAUAAAUACAAUUUCUUUUUUGACCACCUCA